GGAACCAUCAAGUGAAUAGCAGCUGUUAGUGGAAUCGAGUAGGUAACAAGCUACGCCGCAAAACCUCCCGGCAACCUUGUGGAAUCGAGCAGGUAACCUUGUGUCGGCAUCCCGGCAUUCCAUCGUCGAAUCAGCAGAAUUGAUUGCUAGUUUACCCUCAUCUGAACAGGAUCUUUCAACGAGCCGAGGCUUCAAAUUUCUAGCCCCAAAACCUCCUCCGGCCUUCUUGUACUGAGGGCUGAAAUGGAUGCAAUUAAUAAACAAGAGAAAGUACGAAGAUAUGAGGAGUUUGUGGAUAACCGUUUGAAACCAGAUCUUGUUCAUGCUAUUGCUGAAAGCUCAGAUUUGAGAAGAAACAUAGAAAACUUGGAGAAGAAUAGUGUGACAAGUCUGAGGUCACUAGUCAAUCUGGGUUCAGAAGUUUACAUGCAAGCUGAAGUCCCAGAUACAAGGCACAUAAUUGUGGAUGUUGGACUUGGCUUCCACGUGGAGUUCACUUGGUCUGAAGCUCUAAAUUACAUUUCAGCGAGGGAGAAGAAACUGGCUGGGCAAAUAGAAGAAUAUACUCGCCUAAUUGCGUCAAUUAAGGCACAGAUCAAAAUGGUUUGCGAAGGGAUAAGGGAGCUACUCCAGCUUCCUGCAGAUAGCUUCAGGAGGGAAAGAGAUUUUUAGGUUACAGUGAUGAAUGCAGAAUUGUUACCAUCACUACUACUAAUCAUUUUUAUUUUUUUUGGACUAAAAAUUAUGGACUAUAUGUGACUUGCUAGCUUGCAUUUUAUGCAAUGAAUUAAUUUUGCCUUCCUCAUA